AUAGGUCAAGAAAUUAUGGCCGUCUGUGUGAAACUUCAUUCACACAGGAUUGUACUGCACUGUUUGUUUUUCCUGUUAGGUUUUGCAUUAGUGUUGGCGACAGAUGACAUUGAGCAAACAAGGGAAGCAGAAAUUGAAGUUCUUGUUGAAGAUGGAACAUCUGACACUGUAGUUGCUGAAGAGGUUGAGGUCUCUGCCCCAGAUGAAACAUCAGACCAAAAGAUCAAGGCUGCAGAGGAGGGUUCAGGUGCAGAUAAAGGAGAGGAGAAACAAGAGGAUGGUGCUUUGACUUUGAGAGAUAUUUUGCACCGUGUGAUGAACCCUUAUAGCUUUGAUGGUGUGUCAGAAGAAGAAACCUCUGGAGAGGCAGCUAAUACAUCUGAAUCAUCUCAAGAUUAUUCACUGGUGCCACCUGCUGGCAAUGAGACUGUUGAUGCAAACAGCACCCUACACAAUAACACCACUGCAAAAGUGAAAAAAUUCUCAUGCAUAGGCCGCAAUUUGACAAAUGAAACUGUUGCUACAGUUCGGCUGGUGAAUAGCACCACCUUGUUGCACAGAUUAACGUUUAAAAAUGAAAGCGAAGGGAACUGUGUUCUAGUGAUGUUUUAUGCACCUUGGUGCAUGUUUUGUGCAAGGACAGCUCCUCAUUAUAAUGCAGUGGCUCGGGCUUUUCCUCAGUUGGAAGUGGUGGCUGUAGAUGCAGUGCAAUUAAAUAGUUUAAAUGCUAGGUUUGGAACAGUGGCAGUGCCAAAUGUAGUGAUUUUCCACAAUUCAAAGGCUGUGGCAAAGUUUCCACUUCAAGAGAGGAACUUUACAAAUUUUGUUAAUUUUGUCACUAACAUCACAGGACUUCAUCCUUUAGAUAAUAUUACAGUAUUAGAGGAAGAUUAUUUGGGUCCUCUGCCCAGUGUACCUACACAAGAUACAGACCUUGUGCUCUGUGUAUCAUGGGUGUUUGUGAUUACCUUUUGUGGAAUUCUCUUUGCAAGAUCUCGAACAGGACAUAAAAUUUGGACAUUUUUACAGCAUAUAGGAGCAGAGCAUCAGCAUAUUGAUUAGAACACCUAACUAACGAUUGUCUUAUCCAAAAAUAUUCUCUGCAAUAUCUGCCACAACAUGUCGAAAGACUCAACACUGCCAAAGCCCAGCAUAUUGUACCAGUGAACGUAGCUUCCAUCAAGACUGUAUAUCUUGGGCCUGAUGUCAUACUGCAGACUGAUGAAAAACCUUUGAAGGCUCAAAGUGCUAGAAGACGGUUACAAAAAAAAAAAAUAAAUAAUAAUAAUAAAAUAAAAAAAUAAAAAUAAAAUGCAGAAAAAGAUGAAAUUAGAUUUGAUAAGAGGACGUAAAUUUCCCACAGUUUCUAUAUGAAAAAUACGUGUAGCAUCAAGUUUCAUUAUUGUUAUAUUGUUUUUACAGAUAGUUAAAAUGUGGGAAUCCUUGUGGGGAUUUCUAACAUAGCCAGAAUGUUGUUAUGAUCUCACCUCCACCUCAUGUAAAAGAGGGAGAGAAACAAUUUGCAUUUUAAAAAAUUUAUCAUGCAUGCAGCUACAAACGUUAACUUAUUUUCAACUGUUUAAAGAGGGGUUAUACUCAGUUAAUUGACAUCACAAGAUAUUUAUUGGGAAAUAACUGAAUGCUCAGUUGGCAAUGGUUGAUAAAUUAAAAGCUAUGCAUUGAGAUUAAUUUGUUUCAGUGAACAUAUCUGGUACUAUUACCCUUUUGGAGGCUUACUAGAACCCCCCCAAAAAAGUAUGUAAAACAACAUUGUAUGUAAAUAUGUA